GCGACCCACAGGAGCGAUCUCAAGGCGGCAACGGAGUGCCUCGUCGAUCCCGCCGUCGACGUGAACUUCGCCGGAGCCGUCUGCUUCAAGGGGAGGAAGGCCGAGGUUGUGAUCGGAGAGGAGGUCGCCGAUGAGGUCAGGGUUGAGUACGAGGAGUACCGGACCGAGGUCUCCGCUCUGUUUCUCGCUUCCCACGCUGGGAAUCUAGGGCUCGUUAAGAAAUUGCUGAGUUCGGGGGCUGAUGUGAACCAAAAAUUAUUCCGUGGCUAUGCAACGACAGCUGCAGUGAGGGAGGGAAGGGCGGACGUGCUGGUGGUGCUGCUUAAGGCCGGGGCAGGGCAGCAGGCAUGUGAGGAAGCGCUGCUUGAAGCCUGUUUCCAUGGGAGGGCUAAACUAGCUGAGCUCCUUAUGGGAUCUGAUCUAGUCAGGCCUCACGUUGCUGUUCAUGCCUUAGUCUGUGCUUGCUCUCGGGGAUUUGUUGAUGUUGUUGACACACUCAUUAAGUGUGGAGUUGACGCCAACGUGACGGACCGCAUGCUGCUCCGCUCACUCAAGCCCUCUUUGCACACCAAUGUCGACUGUACUGCCCUGGUUGCGGCCAUCGUCAGCCGCCAGGUCGCCAUCGUGCGCCAAUUACUACAAGCCGGAGUAAGAAAAGAUAUCAAAGUAAACUUAGGCGCAUGGUCAUGGGACAUCGCCUCUGGCGAGGAGUUCCGAGUUGGUGCUGGUCUUGCCGAGCCCUACAAUGUUGCCUGGUGCGCUGUCGAGUACUUUGAAUCCACCGGAACCAUUCUUCGAAUGCUCCUCAACCAUUACUCCCCCAACUCUCUCCACCUCGGCCGUAGCCUCCUCCACCAUGCAAUUCUCUGCUCCAAUACCCCUGCAGUUGCUGCUCUCCUGUCUUGCGGGGCUGAUGUCGAGCUAGUCGUAAAGACUGGCCAGAAAAUUGAGUUCCGGCCAGUCCAUAUGGCUGAUAUGGCUGCUCGUCUUGGCCACGCGGCGAUACUCCAGUGCUUGAUCGAUAAGGGAUGCGAUCUAAACUCAAGAACAGAAACUGGAGACACAGCAUUGAUGUUAUGUGCUCGGUAUAAAAGAGAGCAUUGUGCUCGAGUGCUUGUAUCAGGAGGUGCAGACCUCAGUCUGGUUAAUGACGCUGGUGCCUCAGCGAUAACGGUCGCCGCUUCGAACCGGUGGAGCAUUGGUUUUCAGCGUGCUGUUCUCGAUGCGAUCCGUUCCGGGUCGGUACCGAAAACGAGCGACCGUGCUGUUUUCUCACCCAUUAUGUUCGUUGCUCGUAGCGGUGAUGUAAGAGCUCUGGAAGCAUUGUUAAUGCCUGCUGAUGUCGACAUUGACGAGCAAGAUGAGAACGGGUUCACUGCCCUGAUGUUCGCUGCGAAGGAAGGCCACGCUGAUGCAUUCAGGCUACUAGUCUUUGCCGGAGCCAAUGUUAAGUUAACCAACAAGUCUGGAGAGACGGCAAUCAAGCUCUCUCAAUCGAACAAUAACAGCGAGCUCUUCGAGCAGGUGAUGCUGGAAUUUGCUCUAGAAAAAGGAGGCGCCGGAGGAUUCUAUGCCCUCCACUGUGCUGCACGGCGUGGUGACCUAGCUGCAGUCCGUCUACUAACGAACCGAGGGCACAACGUCAAUCUCACGGACACUGAUGGGUACACCCCCUUAAUGUUAGCCGCAAGAGAAGGCCAUGGGAAGCUCUGCGAGCUUCUCAUCGCCUCCGGUGCAAAAUGCGAUAUCAAAACCGCAGGAGGGGAAACCGCGCUAUCCCUUGCAAGGGAGAACUCAAUGUUUGGGAACGAAGCAGAGGAGGUUAUAUUGGACGAGAUGGCGAGGGUUUUGGUGAUGCAGGGUGCGAGAGUGAAGAAGCACACAAAGAGAGGGAAGGGAGUGGCACAUAGUAAAGGGCUGAGGAUGGUCGGAGGGGCCGGAGUUUUGAGAUGGGGGAGGUCGAACCGGAGAAAUGUAGUCUGUAGAGAGGCGCAUUUAGGGGGGAGCGCGGCAUUUCAGAGAAAUCGGAGGAGGAAGGGUGAUGGAUUUGAGCCGGGGUUGUUCAGGGUGGUGACAACGAAGGGGAAGGAGUUUCAUUUUGUUUGCGACGGCGGGAAGGAGAUGGCGGAGCUCUGGGUGAGGGGGAUCCGAAUGGCGACGAGGGCGGUAUUCGGUUGAGGAGGGUAGAGAGGGUAGUGAGGACUCCAUCUCGAAGUCUAAUUAAAAUUAGGGUUAGGUUAGUUUUCUUGUCUUGGUUUUCUGUUGGUGUAUAGUUUGAUAGUUAUGAUGUUAACGUAGAGAGCUGCUCCUUUCCCCUUGAAACAUGUUGUAGAGUCUGAUGUGGUGAUGAGGUGUUUUUAGAGAGUAAUGAGGGAAAGGUUAAUGAGAGUGGGUGAGUUCGAAUUUGCUACCCAAGCUUUUUCAGGGGCUUUGAUGUUGCUGUGCGAGAUUUUCAGUGGAAUGUCUAAAGCAUGAAUUUUAACUAACA